UCAAACCUUUUGAAAAUGUUGUUGAUACACUUUCCAUCCUUUUUUAACUUUAUUGUCCGUUGGAAAUUCGUCGACCUUCGAGAACUGUUAUUAACUUAUUAACGUGGUCAAGCAAAACAGCGACGGCAAGAACGUCAAGAAUUCACUUCUGCUGUACCUGCAGGGCUGCAAGAAAGAGAAAAUUAUUAUAGCAUCGGAGAACUCGCUCCUGCAUAUACCAAUUUGAUUCAAAGAUUCUCCUACUUUCGUUUGGUUGGGGAGAAAAGGUGGGAAAAGAACUGAACAUAAAACUUUCCGCCUUACGGAGUUGAAAAAACUAGCCACAACUAAGUUGACUGGUUGAAUCGAGCUGAUUUGAGCGGUGGUUGUCUUUCUUGUGUACCUAGCAAUGAAAAGUUUGACCAGAGUUUGAUUGAUAUUCUUUUCCUACAAGUUCUCAGCAACUAUACAGAGGUUUAAGGAAAUUCUGGGAGUACCCGAGGGCUAAACAAAGAGAUGGCUGAGAAAGGAAAUGUACUCCUAGAUUGCCCUAACGCAUCAAACCCCUACCACGAAUGCACCGAGUCUUGUAUCAAAAAGAUUGCUCAAGGGCAAACACGCCAGGAGAAAAAGAAAUCAGAUGAUGGCAAUGGAGAAAUAAAAACGCACUCAGCUUGCCCUAAGGCAUCCAAUCCUUACCAUGAAUGUGAUGAAUUUUGCAUCAAAAGAGUUGCUGGAGCUGAGGUGCGGAGGGAUAAGAAGGAAACAGGUUCCAUGAUUCUUGAUGUUUCCAGAAGUUUUGGCAGGAGAAAGAAGGAACGUUCCCAACCAAAUUCCCCACAAGUGAAUGACAAUGCAUCUUUUCGGAACACGGUUUACCCUUCUGAUCUUUCUUCAAAGAAAAAGGUGGAAGCCAAAAACGGUGAGGAUUUUCCUCACUCUCCGGCACGUGCAAAGGAAACACAUUCCCAAGAGCCUUCUUACAAGGGUCCAGUCCAAUCCUCUCACUCAGUGCCUACUUCUGGAAUUAUAGCAUUGCCUUCCCAUCCCAUAGACACGCCAAAGGAAAAUAGUACCAGCAUUUUUGGCAAAACACCAAACAAUCAAAAAGUGGAUGAAAAGCCGAAUGCAAUUGUUGAUGACAUGGUAGAACAUGGUGCUGGUUCAGCUGCUGGGUCCAUGACCUUUAGUUUCUUUGGUAUUCCCAAUGCUUCAGAAGGCAGUGAUGAGGAAGAGAUCCAAUCUGUAAUUUCUGAUUCCUGUGUCUCUGUUGGAAGAUACCAUGUAAAAGAAAGUUUGGCCUCCAUUCUGCAGUCAAUCUUUGACAAGUAUGGAGACAUAGCUGCAAGCUGUCAAUUAGAAUCAAUUUCCUUGCGCUCUUAUUAUUUAGAGUGUGUGUGCACUGUGGUUAAGGAAUUACAAUCCAGUUCGAUUAUUCAUCUGACCAAAGCCAAACUCAAAGAACUCUUGGCUAUUCUCAAGGAUGCAGAAUCUUCUCAAAUUGAUGUCAGUUGGCUGCGAGGCAGAAUCAAUGAGAUCACAGAGGACAUUGAGCUCAUUGGUCAGCAUCGAUCCAUCGAGGCAGCAAAGGCCGACUGUGAUCGUGAUUUGGAAUCCAUGAGGAAAGAACUAGAAUCUCAAAUGGAAGAUCUUUCUCUCAAAGAAAAAGAGGUUGACAUUGCCAAGAAACAAGUAGCUAAAACCAGAGCUCGACUGAGUGAGUUUGAGCUCAAAUCUUCCCAGUUGAAUGAGACUAGCUUGUCUAUCAGGUCCAAGAUCGAGAAUUCUCCCGGCCAAUCCUUGUUAGAUGAAUUAUUGUGAUGCAACUUUUAAAGAACCAAAAGGUUUCAUUUUCUCAUGUUGUACGAUGAAGCAGUAGAAUAGAACACUAAAAAGAAUGUUCCGGCAUAUUUUGCAUGCAUAAACGAUACGAUAUAAUUGGAUUAAAUGCUUUGCUUUA